AUGCCGCCGUGGGAGGAGGACAAGUGGUGGCUGAACGAGCGCGACGAGGAGAUGAAGAAGUGGGAGAAGGAGUAUUUCGAUGCGCUCACCUCCGAGCAGCUCUUCGACAUCUUCUGCGCAGCCAACUACAUGGACAUCAAGUGCCUUCUCGACAAGUGCGCCGAAACUGUUGCCGCGAUGAUCAAGGGCAAGUCGGUGGAGGAGAUUCGCGAGAUUUGGAUGCUGGAAAACGACUUCACGCCCGAGGAGGAGGAGGCCAUGAAAAACGAGAACCCGUGGGAGGUCAUCCUCCGCGAGAUGGGCGAACUCAACGACGGCGUCGUCAUCCAGCAGCCACGGGAUGCUGCUGCCCCUGCUGCUGCUGCUGCGCCCGCUGCUGCUGCUCCGGCAGCUGGAGCUGUUGCCCCAGCAGCCGGUGCUGCGGCCCCAGCGGCUGAUCAAGCUGCUGCUCCUGCCGCUGAUCAAGCGCAAGCUGAUGCUGCUGGCGCGGCUGCUGACCAAACUGGCCAAACCGACGCCCCAGCGGAGAAGAUGGAGCAGGACGAUCAGCCUGGAACCUCGGCUCCUACUGCUGAAGUCCAGGCCGAGGUUGAAACCGAAGUCAAGACCGAAGCUACCGAAGCUAAGGCUGAACCUGACGAGGAUGCCGACAAGCCUGGACCCUCUAACUCUCAAGCC